AUGGUCAAUCGUCUUACUUAUUUGCUAGCAGUAGUGGUAGCUGUUUACUUAGUCUGUACAACAUGUGAAGCACACGGUAGACAUCAAAAUGGGCCGUACUCGGGCUCGGGCUCAGGCUCGGGUCAGGGAUCGGACUGGGGAUCCUGGUCAUAUUGGUUCUCAGACACGAACGAUCCAGCGGAGACUACAACAAUGGACGACAAUACAGAAGAAACAAGCACUCCUGAUUAUUAUGAAGAUGACACAACCGCCAUAUUGGAGACUGAAACCAGUACAAUCGCCAUGACACAGGCUGAAACCAGUACAAUCGCCAAGACGCAGACUAAAACCAAAACAAUCUCCAUAACAGAGACUGAAACCGCUGAACCAGCAACCAGUUCAGUUAUAACAACGAAACCUGGGGACAACUUAUCAACUAGCAGUGUGUCACCAUUAGAACGAGCUAUAUGGUGCCGUCUGGCGAACGGUAGCUAUUAUACACUUGGGUACACAUAUAAACUAACAGAUUGUGUUCAGUGUCAAUGCUUACAAAAUCGAAUGCUCCGUUGUACAGCUUUAACAUGUAUGGUUACAUAUUGUAUUGAUGGUUCUACUCCCGUAAAAUAUGACGGUCAAUGUUGUACGCAAUGUCCUGGUGAAGUAGCCGCAAAAAGUUGCACCUAUCAAAAUGAAACCUAUGCACAUGGUAUAGUAAUAAAGACCCAAAAUAACAUGCAAUGUUGGUGCCAAGAUGGUGCAAUUGAAUGUCGUCAAGCCCAGGGUUCACUAUUCGACGAUUUCAAUUUAUUUGGUGAUAAUAGUUACAUUUACGUUAUCAUCAUAAUAGUUAUUGGUGUUUUGCUUGUUGGUUCAUUGUUAUGUUGUGGUUGUACAGUAUUCUUUUACUACUACUACCGAAAGCGUCAACAAACAGCCAAUGCAGCACAGCAACAGUAUUGGAAUGAUGCAGGUUGGCAACCAAUGGGAGAAGGAGAUGGCACCCAACCAGAAGGCAUGAGCGCUGAAGAAGAAAAACAAGUUGAAGCUGACCAAGGACAAUUUGCAAGUGAGCAAUAUUUAAAUGGGAAUAAAGGAGUCACUGCUGAAGGGCAACAAUAUAUGCCGCCGCCUUAUGCUCUUUACAAUGGUUCGUAUUUGACAGAAGAUUUACACAAACAAGUUUAA